GCCCCUUUCCGUUUCCAUUACUUACUCUCGUUUUGUUCCUGUUCCUAUUCCUAUUCCUUACCCGCACCCUCAGUCGCGCGCGAGGGGGUUCUCUUCGCGCGCGCUUCUGCACCUACUUUACGGCCUUGUGAUCGUUCGUUGCUCAAUUUGUCUGGUUGCAUUCUGUUUGGAAGCUGGCGACUACUUUUCUACCCCGUCUCCCUCUUGUGCUUGCUGCGAGACACGACAUGGAGCCUGCCCGGGAAGCACCAUGGGCAGAGCACGAGAAGGUGUAUCUUCUGGCCGAAAUAUUGAAGGCGGGUUUGCCAUCCCAUGCUCUCUUCAACAUCAUUCGCGAGACGAACCUCCAGCCCAAAUGGUCCGACAUUGCUUUGCCUCACGGUACGUGCACAUCAUUCCUCACCGCGGCGCCUUGCCGCCGUUUACCCAAACGCCCACUGGGCCAUUAUGGGCAAUUCGAAAUCAAGUUCGAAGGCGCAAAUAUGAAUGCGACGAUACCACCAUCGGAUUUCCGCCAGCGCCCUCAGUUGCCCGCACCUAUUAUUUACCCUGGCCCUGAUAUACCAAAGAAGCGCGCGCAUCAACCGGAGAGCACGACACCAAUUGGCCGCCUCAUCCAACCUCGACCGCCGCAUUCAUAUCCUGGAGACUACGUCAGUGGGCCCGCCUACACAAUAUCCCCCGUAGGAGAGCCAGCGAACAAAAAGAAACGUGGACGACCGACAAAAGCAGAGGCGCAAGCAAGAGCAGAUGCCGCUGCAGCGCGUGGAGAAAUAUACCCCCCGCCGAGAAAGGCGAGGCCGUCUGUAACGGCUACAGAUACACCGCCUGUAGAGGCCCGUCACCCAGGGGAAAUGACACCAGGACCAGGACCAGGAGCUAUGAACACCCAGCCAACGGCAGUAAUGACACCACAGCAAACCCAACCGCCUGAGCACAAUCCGGAUUCGUCUUCGGGGAAGAAAAAGCGCAACAAACCCACACCACUAGAGUUAGAAAAGCCGCGCAGGGAGCACACCGGAACGGAAUCACCAUUAGCAUUUGGAUCAGCAACUGGAGAUGCGAAUCGCACCCAAAUAUACUCGACUUACACCCCCAUAUCCGCACCACUACCGGCAGAACCCAGGGACCGUGAUAUCAGAAUGGAAGGAGUUGAAGAAUCACAACCUCGGACUACCACACCUCGCUCGUUUAAAGACACGGUCGGCAUUUAAGGCAUUCUUUUUGUCAGAAAAAAAAGCGCAAACGGCGGAUUUUGUGUUUUGAAAGCGUUUUGAACGACUUUUUACGCAGUCAUGAUGACCCAUUUUUGCCAUGAUACCACAAUGGAACUUAUGGAGGCAAUGCUCUGCAUUCUUUUACGCGUGGCAUGCUGUCCAUGAGCACCAU